GUCCAUCCAGUUCUUCCCUCAACAGGAUCGGCCCUUCGUCGUCGCCGUCGUUUCCCACAAAUGGUGCUCGAUUUGUCGAUUCUCCUCACGCUUUGCUGAGAAUGAGCAUGCGAUUCCCUAGCUUUCAGAGUUUCGAGGGAUUUUGCAAUGGAGUGGAUUGUAGCUCCCGCGGUGAAAGCAGGAGACCGGGUGGCUAUCAUCGCGCCUGCCAGCCCUGUCUCAGUGGAUCUUCUCGAAGCCGGCAUUGCUGUACUAAGAUCUUGGGAUUUAGUGCCGGUGGUGCACCCACAAGUGUGGUCAAAGCAAGGGUACCUCGCGGGCUCCGAUGAAGAGCGAGCUGAUGCACUGGUUGGGGUGCUUGAUGAUCCCAGUAUUGCAGCCGUGGUGUGUGCCCAAGGUGGAUAUGGCUGUACAAGAUUACUAGAAUUGUUGCCGAUCUCUAGAAUUGGUGCUCACAACCUUCCCUCUAAACGCUUCUUUGGAUUCUCAGAUAUUACUGCCUUGCAUAGCUUGAUGAGAGUAGCGGUACCAGGAUAUGUGAGCUUCUACGCACCAAUGCUUGCAACAUCUUAUUUUGCAAAGAGCACGGAGCUAAGCCGAGAGUCGUUACGUUUAUCUAUGUUUGCUCCUAAUCUUCAAUCUGCUUGUCCGCCACUCAAGGGGCGAUGUUUACAGAUGGGACGCGCAAGGUCCACAAAUGGUGUUGUGAGUGGGCGCCUCGUUGGGGGAAAUCUGACUGUCUUCACUAAUUGUCUUGCAACUCCUUGGCAGGAAGAUAUGGAGCGCUGCAUUCUGAUCCUAGAAGAUGUUCAUGAGGCGCCUUAUAGUGUGGAUCGCAUGUUCACUCAUUUAAAAUCAGUGUCUCCCGACCAGGAGGUGCUUAAAAAAAUAGAAGCUCUCGUUCUUGGAGAUUUUGGUGAUGCAUUGCGGAGGAAUUAUGAAGAACUAGCCUGCGCAAACAAAAUGGUUACACAAGAGACGGUGGAGAAGUGGUUCUGGCUUGAACAGAUGCGUUUGCCACCAGAUCUUCCUGUAUUGUCUGGCCUUCCAAUAGGCCACAUUGGGGACAAUAGAGUAGUCCCGCUUGGUGCAUUUGUGGAUGUUAAUUUGAGAACAUGUAGCUUGAGUGUAUCUUCCUUAGUUGGUCGUCCCUCACACAAUAGUCGUUUGUAAUUCAACGGCAACAUCUUCUAGUCGUGCAGUUAAAUUAGUGUACCAUGUGUGUAGAUGGGAACAAUACCUUUUUUUGGAAAAUUAAAUUAAAAUAAUACUUUCAUGACUGAA